AUGACCCUAGUCUCAGACGACCCUAGUUAUUGGCCACUCAUCAACUCUUGGCGUAUUUGCAGCUAUUUCGUAGUUGCCGCCUUUGUUGCAGUGACGUAUGAUUGGGCCCUUACGUUUGGACAAGAGGUCGAAAUGGUCUGGAGACAACGUUGGUCCCUGAUGACCGUUCUCUAUCUGAGUAUGCGCUAUCUUGGAAUUUUUUUUGCUUUCCUGGAAAUACUGGGCCGGAUUCUGUACCUCGUGGUGGAUUGGACGAGUGCUGUGGGAGUUCCAAUGCUGUGUGUCAUCAUGACCACUCGGUUACAUGCCAUGUAUCAACGAUCCAGAAGGAUCCUGAUAUUUCUCGUCGUCAUGUCCUUGGCUGUUAACAUAUUCGACGGAGUGGUCAUGGUAAUGGCAACGAGGAAUACUUCAGGGGAGGAACUCAUUCUCUCUUGCACCUAUGCAUGCACGAUUAGCUAUGCGGAUUAUACCCCACUUCUGACUUCCAUUGGUUGGAUACUCGGCGCUGUCUGGGAGGUCCUCGCGCUGUGUCUCGCAGUCUGGAUUGCUGUAAAACACUUCCUUGAACUGCGACAACAUUCGGCAGGAGGGAUUAUCGGCGACUGUUUCAGGGCGUUGAUAAAAUCUCACGUGCUUUACUUUGUGAGUUAUGUUGCCGUGUCUUGCUUCAGCCUCGUAGUUAAUUUGUCGCCAGCGAUCUUAGCGGACCCAUUUUCCCUCGAAACACAGAUUUGUUUUGGUUUUCGUCAGAUUUUGCAAGUCAUACAGUCCUUUGUGCUAGGACCACGCCUCAUCCUUAGCGUUCGAGAAUAUCACGCUCGGCUCGUGGCUGACUCUGAUGCAGCAACCGGCAUGACCUCAAUCGCUUUCCAGGAGCGCGUGCAUAUAUCGACAGGCAGUGGCGUGUAGCACGGGAGAUGCUCGAUAGAGUUGACGGUAGUCUCGUGCUGUGCAGGGAGCAGGAGAAUCAGGCUUGUUUUCUUGAUUUUGAGGUUUCGUCGUGGUACUUAUUUAUUUAUUUGGUGCUGCAGCGCGGAUUUCAAGGAGAUCUAGACAUAGGUCUUGGUACAUAUUUCGUCGUAAUAUAUAUUUACAUGAGUUAUUUGUUCCGCAGAAUGUUUGAAAGACACAGGACAAGGUGUUGAGUCAGACCUAGGC